AUGUCGGAUCACCCAGAACAAGUCGUCGCGCAGCUUGGUAGCCUCCUCAAUCAACUUGCUCACUUCCUCAAUGAGAAUGAGAAAUACUUAUCGCCUGACAUAUACAAAUUUUGUUACCAUUCUCUCCCGGCCUUAGAGAAGUUAACCUUGAGCAAAAUUGUUGCAAUUUUGCAUACCGGAGACCAGAAUAGAUCAACGGAUGACAGACAGGAUGUGUGUGGUUGGCACAACCAUGGUGACACAUCUAGCGACUCUUCUAACGAUGCGGGAGGCUCAUUGGGAAACCUGACAUAUUCUUCUGGCGAUAAAGAGCUCUCUAGCGAUGCGGAAGACUCAUUUGGAAACCUGACAUAUUCUUCUGGCGAUAAAGAGCUCUCUAGCGAUGCGGGAGGCUCGUCUGGAGGCGUUGUGACGAACGUUUAUAAAGUCUUCAAGUUAUCGGUCGCCACCAUUCCCGGCACACUACAGGAAGUUUUGAAGGAAUGGACAAAGAACCAUGAGACCUUCUUUGAAGACCAACCGCAAAACGUCCCCAAGGCAUCAGGUUGGGGCGCGUUGUUUCGCAAGAUUCACCAGUGUGAAGUGAAUGCUGAUGUUCUCAGGAUUCGCCGACGAUUCGACCUGUUCUAUUUCUUCCAGUCAAUCCAAAACUGUGGAUACCAUGAUGGCAACAGAUGGGUGUAUCGUGCACGAAAUACACUGGCCAAAAAAGUCAUAAAGCAGUCUCCAUCACUUCAGCUAAAAGUUAAUACAAUUGACAGCCAACUUGAUCUCUGGGCUGAGCUGGGUCGUGGAUAUGAUGAAUGGGUUAAGGAGUUCGAGCAUCCAGGUUGCCUACUUCUGUUGCCGCUCAACGUCUCAGAAACCGAGUACACUGAAAGACGGUACCGUAAAUAUAAAAAUUCCGCCGCACAACAUCUCAUCAACAUCGGUUUUCAAAAUGUCAUGCGCGAGUGGAACCUCCAUGCGCUUGGGAACAGUAUUGUCCAAGGGCUAAAAGAGAGAUAUCAGCCCCUUGUAGAAGAUGCUUUCCUUACCCCGAGGACCCCUAAGAGGCACAGGGAGAGUGACGAAUCCAGUGCAAAACGGCCAUGCCCCGGCUCGCGAGCAGACAUCUCCGAAAAACAUCAGCCCGGCACGAUUAACAGGUGUCAUACGUCAAUGCAACUUCUCGUGGCAGCGGUAUCGGUAGCUUCAACUCACGACAGCGCAAAACAGCAGAAUAUUGAUACACUGCACCGACCCCCUCCUCCACCUGCUGCUGAUGGCUUUGCAUCGUCGUCCAUUCAAUUACUCGAUCGUACGGCGGAUUCGAGAACUAUCACAGGAGCUCUAUCGAUCCCAGCUGAAAACCCACAAAAAGAUUCCAACACAGUAGUUGAUGGCCACCAAUAUAUCGCACGGAAUCGCGCUGACAGCGAUCCACCCCCGUUCAAUGUCGAAGAGAUAACCAGACAAGACAUGAAUGGAACAGACAUUUUCCAGCCAGAUGGAGUUGACCAAUGCUUCCCACAAAUUGAAGCCCAUUCAGCGGCGGACGUCGAUGAUAGGUGUUUAUUGCCGUCCUUAAAUGUUGACAAUGCGGAUUCGCCGCCACCCUAUUAUGAUGUUGAUAGCGAUGAAUGGGUGCUGCCGUUUGAUGUUGAUAGUGAUGUAUGGGUACAGGUGGCCUUUGAUGUUGAUAGUGAUGAAUUUGUGCAACCGCGCCUCGAUGGUGAUGGGCAAAAUUUGCCGGAAUAUUCCCAGACAUAA